AAGUAGUCUAUUUGUAUGCGAAUAUAUGACGCACUUGAGAAAAUUAAGGAGGUUCAUAACAUAUAAUCAUAAGAGCUUUUUACUGCGAAGCAUUUAUUCAUAAGCUGCUCAGUCUCCGAUGAAUAUUGUCUACUUGUGAUACAUUAGCGCUCUUCUGACGAUUUCGAAAUUCAAAAUGUCUCACGGCGGUCAUUCGCACGGUGGGGACGGAAUGCACGGCGGUGAACGUCCAAUGCUGACAACACACGCGUCUACCGCAGCCAUGGAUCAUCACGGAGGAAGCUCAAACCACGGUGAUCAUAGCGGGGAAAUGGCCGGGCAUGUGAUGAUGUUCCAUCUCAGGAGAGACCUCAGUGUCUUGUUUGAACAUUGGGAAAUCACUUCAACGAAAGUGUUGAUUGGCUCAUGUGUUGCAGUAUUUUUCUUGGCUGUACUCUAUGAAGGCCUAAAAAUCUUCAGAACAAGGCUGAUGAAUACACAUAGCAGAGAUGCGAGGGAAAGCAGUCGUGGAAAAGACAUCACAUACUGUGGGAAAACUCGACGGGGUUGCAGACAGAACAUGUGCACAUGCCAUAAUUUGGUGCAAACCAUAAUGCACGUCGUGCAAGUAGUGCUGGGAUACCUCCUCAUGCUGGUAGUUAUGACGUUUCAAGUGUACCUUGGGGUUGCUGUCAUAGUCGGAGCAGGCCUGGGCUACUUUCUGUUCGCAGGAUUCGCUCCUGAGAACAAUCCCAAGGAAACAGAGUCUUCUGCAAAUUCCGGACAUGGGAGUCCCGCCAUGGUGGUAAAAGUGACCAAUUUAGACGAGAUAAGGAGUCAACAGUCUAUGGAAAACCUAAGUUUUAAUAAUUUGGCCAUUAAAAAUAGGGCGUUUGAUGGCGGAAAUAUUGAAGGUGAAAAGUAAUUUUUUGACAAAGUCUGAGAACAGUCAGAAUUUGUGCUUUGGAAAUUCAUUAAACUGAGAAGACCUUGAUAGUAUAUAAAUUUUUAAUUACUCAGACAUACAGAAUUAAUAUAAUUAUUUUUCAGAAACAAGAAAAACCGGAAUAGACUCAUGUUCUGUAUGCGUAACAUAAUAUCAUUAAAUUGGAAAAAAAGGUCGAAAACAGCUUGCUCAAUAAAUCAAAACAGAGCUUUAUUUUGUAUAAUUUCAAAGUAAAAUAACUUAUUAAUUGACAUCCGUAUAUCAUUUUCUUGAUCUGCAAGUAUUAACAGUUGCCGGGUUACAAACUUAAGUAGCCAUAGCUAGAUCAUUAAGAGUAUUUAGUUAUAAAUUGUUCCUCUCCCACUCCACAUGCCUCACCGGACGGAGUUAGUUCGUCCUAUGACUU